AUGUCUGCGGCGCGGAAUCCUACGAACUGGGAUGACUACGAUGGAGGUGGUUCCCCCGGUGAAAGCGUGACUGAAAGCAUGCUUGAGCGCGAACAAGCUCUCGUCGACGACGACGACAACAACAACGAUGGGGGCAACCAAGAAGGUCUCAGGAGGCGGAGACGAUCAUCCAUUACCUAUCAAUUGGCUGCCAUCGCCGACAUUGGCGGAGUCAACAGCUUCCGAUCCUUUGCCAGAAGUUGGCAGCGAGCCGCAGGAUUCCACGAAGUUAUUCCUCGCCGACCGAGUUUUGUCCUUGCGCCCGAGGGAGAAGCACAAGAUCUCGAGUACAGCCGCAGUCAUGUCCAGGGGUCGCAACCACAGUCGGGCCUUUUGCGCCAGCACCUAGAAGCAUCGUCUUCCCAGGCCAACGGCGAAUCCAGCUCCGCCAUUGACUCGUCUCCAAGGCCCAUGAGGAUGUCCCGUCGCGACGACGAGACGAAGCCGCUGCUCGAUGUCGAGGCGGGCGAUUCCUCCAUCGUGGGCUCGCCCCGAUCAAGCAUCUUCGCUGUCCCACCUCACCUUGCGGCUCCCGAUAUCGUCGGCAGCUAUGGCUCGUUCCGCGACUCUUCGCCUUUCGGGACCAUGGACAGAAGUACGCGACACCGCAUCUCCUUUAGCGAGGGAAGUGGGUGGGGUGUAGCCGACGAGGAUGAAGUGGAAGGUGAAGACGCGGCGCAUGGAGAGCACCAGCCUAUUCUCGUCAAGGAGGUCAAGCAGGGCAAUAAGGUUGUCCUCGCCGUUGAGGGCCAGAGUACUCUUCCUCAGUCCGUCUUCAACUCCAUCAACGCUCUUAUCGGCGUAGGUCUGCUCAGUCUUCCGCUGGCCUUCCAGAUGACGGGUUGGAUCACCGGUCUGUUUCUUCUCACCUUUACGGCUGUUGUCACGUCGUACACGGGUAAGCUCUUGGCCAAGUGCAUGAACUUUGACCCUAGCCUCAUCACAUAUUCCGACCUGGCGUACGUCUCAUUUGGUACCCGCGCCCGAGUCAUUGUCUCUGCGCUCUUCAGUCUCGAAUUGAUAGCAGCUUGUGUCGCUUUGGUGAUUCUUUUUGCCGACUCUCUGAGCCUCCUGCUUCCAGGCUUGGCUACUGUCAACACUUGGAAGGUUGUAGCCUCUUGCUUGGUAUUGGUUCUCAAUGCGCUGCCCUUGCGCCUGUUGAGUUACACCAGUGUCGUGGGUAUCUUUUCCACUUUCUGCAUCGUUGUGAUUGUUAUUAUCGACGGUUUGUACAAACCAAACUAUCCUGGUUCUCUGCGUGAACCGGCGACGACUUAUCUCCUUCCUGAGAACUGGUUGGCUGUACCCCUUGCAUACGGUCUCCUCGCCAGUCCAUGGGGCGCCCACUCCAUUUACCGUGACAUGCGCCACCCUUACAAAUGGGGCAAGGCCGUCAACAUCACAUUCUCCUUCUCUUACCUUGUUGAUACCUGCCUGGCCGUAAUUGGUAUGCUCAUGUUCGGUGAUGGUAUCAAGGAUGCCAUCACCUCCAACAUUCUCAAGUCCAAGGGCUACCCCGAUGCUUUGAAGAUUAUAAUGUGCAUCUUCAUUGCCAUCAUCCCUUUGACCAAGAUUCCUCUCAACGCCCGUCCUAUCAUCACAACUUUGGACGUCAUCUGUGGUGUCCACGAACAGCAUCACCACCAUCAUGACACACCUCACAGCCAACCCACUCGCUCAUCUGUUCUUAUCACCAAGGCGGUCCGAAUGCUUGUCCGAGUCUUUGUGGUUAUUCUCCUGCUGUUCAUCUCUAUCGUCUUCCCAGCCUUCGACUCCGUGUGUGCGUUCCUCGGCGCCGCGCUCUGCACCCUCAUCUCCAUCAUUCUGCCCAUCUCAUUCUACCUGAAGCUGUACUGGCAGGAUGUUACUUUCCAGGAAAAGACCGUGUCGUUCAUACUCCUCGUUGUGUUUUCCAUCUUGGGUACACUGGGAACCAUUUGGACGUUCUUGCCCAAGCAUCUCAUUGGCGCUGACUAG